AUAGUUUCAUGUGAAUCAAGGACCUCUCAUUUUGAGUCCUUCAUUCAUCCAUCCAUCCAUCCAUCCUCUCCAGUCAGGGUCAACAUAACAUCCAUUUUUCUUACCAAAUUCCACACCGUUUAAAAACCUCACUUAUAUCAUACCUACCUAAACACCAACCCAAGAUUUAGACGCAGUAAAGGAUCACCAAGAUCCCAAAACCACCACCACCACCACCACCAAAAUGGCUACUUCCACUACCUCCGACCUCAAACUCUCCCAACCCCUCACCCUCCCCAAUGGCCUUACCCUCCCCAACCGCCUCGUCAAAGCCGCCAUGGCCGAACAAAUGGGCUUCGGCAACCACCUGCCCAACCCCGAACUCGCCGCCGUCUACGCCACCUGGGCCCGCGGCGACUGGGGCCUGAUUCUCACCGGCAACGUCCAAGUCGACCACGCGCACAAGGGCGACGCCCACGACAUCAGCCCCAACCACCCCGGCACCACGCCCGAGCAGACCGUCACGGCCUUCAAGGCCUGGGCGGACGCCGCGCGCCUGAAUGGCCAGUCCAAAACGCCUGUGGUCGUGCAGAUCAACCACCCUGGUCGCCAGAGUCCGAUGGGCGCGGGCACGCGGGGACUGUGGGAGAAGGCGGUGGCGCCCUCGCCGGUGCCGUUGGUGUUGGGAGAGGCGUUUGUGCCUCGCUUGUUGUCGAAAGUGCUUUUCGGCACGCCGCGGGAGCUGACGGUUGCGGAGAUCAAGGAUAUCGUGCAAAAGUUUGCGGUGACGGCGAGGAUCACGGCCGAGGCCGGGUUCAAUGGCGUGGAGAUCCAUGCGGCGCAUGGAUACCUGUUGGCGCAGUUCUUGAGCAAGAAGACAAACAGGCGCGGGGAUGAGUAUGGCGGGUCGGCUGAGAACAGGGCGAGGAUUGUUGGGGAGAUUAUUAAGGAGUGCAGGAGGCAGGUGACUGAGGCGGUGGGUGAAGAGGAGGCGAAGAAGUUUGUGGUGGGAAUCAAGCUGAACAGUGCGGAUUGGCAGGCGGGACGCGAUGGAAAGGAGGAGGAGGAGACGGAUACGGCGGAGGAGGUGUUGAAGCAGAUUGAGCUUUUUGAGCAGUGGGGGAUCGACUUUGUCGAGGUUAGCGGUGGCAGUUAUGAGGAUCCUCAGAUGGCCAACGGUCCCAAGCCCGAAAAGUCCGAACGCACCAUGGCCCGCGAGGCCUUCUUCCUCGAGUUCGCCAAGAUCAUCCGCACCAAGUUCCCCAAGCUUCCUCUCAUGGUCACCGGCGGCUUCCGCACUCGUCAGGGCAUGGAGGCCGCUUUGGAAUCCGAUGAUUGCGACAUGAUCGGUAUCGGACGCCCGGCCAUCAUCAACCCUUCGCUUCCCGCCAACUUGAUCCUCAACCCGGAGGUGCCGGAUGCGGAUGCCCGCUUGUUCGACAAGAAGAGGGCUGAGCCGCACUGGAUCGUUGAGAAGUUGGGCAUGAAGUCCAUUGUUGGUGCUGGUGUUGAGGUGACGUGGUAUGUGAGCGAGCUCAAGAAGCUGGCCAAGUUUUAGAGAGAGUGAGGGAUGAUUAAGUAUACGAUACCCACUUUUUGUUUAGAGUUGCGAUAGAGCUUUCGGCGUCGAAUAGAGGCAUAAUUAUGAAUGUGCUGGAAUCUUUCGUCUCUCGUAUUGUGAAGGCCAGAUUGACCGGCCCGCUGCUGAUUCGGCUGGCUGUAGACGAACUCGUGUCACGCCUCGUGCCUAGAGGUUUUCCCAAGCAGACCUGUUCAUCAAUU